AUGGAUGAGCCCUUCAACCCGACAAAGGAGACCAUCUCGCUACUCAUUCGUUCAGGCGCCGCAAAGUCCCGACUUCCAUGGCCCGAUUUGAUCAUAAAGGCCUUUCUUGCAGGCGCAUUUCUGUCUCUCGGGGCGAUGUUUGACCUCGUCAUUGCUGGCGGCGCUACCAAGAUGCGAGAGGAGAACCCUGGGCUGGUUACGCUGCUGUCCAGCUUCACCUUUCCAACUGGGUUCGUCAUCCUCACUGUCGUCAACACUGAGCUGUUCACCGCGAACCUGUUUGUUGUUGUCUUCUCGACGCUGCUGCGCAAGGCCCGCAUUGUCGACCUGGCGAAGAACCUGGUCACCUCCUACAUCUUCAACCUCGCCGGUGCCCUGUUUGUCGCCGGCUUUCUCUGCUGGUGGUCUGACACGCUGUCCACAGAUGCAGAGAAGCAGUUUGCAGUCACCCAGGCUGAAGGGCGUGUCAAUGUGCAGUGGUCGGUGAACUUCCUCCGCGGCGUGGGCUGCAACUGGCUUGUCGGUCUGGCCAUGUUCCUCUCGAUCGCUGCCCAUGAUCAGGUCUCGAAGAUUUACGCUAUAUGGAUCCCGAUCUGGACGUUUGUUGCACUGGGCUAUCAGCACUCCAUCGCAAAUUUCUUCCUCGUGCCCAUCGGCAUGUUCUACGGGGUCAACUUCGGGGUCGGCAAAUACAUCUACCAAUGUAUCAUCCCAGUUACUUUGGGAAACAUCGUCGGCGCAGUCAUCCUGGAUGCCAUUGUUUUUUGGUACAUCUACGGGCGCAGUGAGUUGCUGGAGGAGGAAAAGAAGCACGAAAUGCCUUCGCUCCAUAAUUCCACGCCAUCGCCUACAACCCAGGUGUAG